AUGGUAUUAUUAGAAAUAAAUAUAGAAGCUUAUCCUGAACCAAGUUUUAUAUGGAAACAGUUGAUGUCUGAUGUAGAAUAUCCCUUUGCUAAAACAGAGAAAGUUUCUGAAAAUAAUUUUAUAUCCACAUUAGAAUUGAUAUUAGAUCAAUCAUCGUUUGGUUAUUAUAUAAUUACUGUACAAAAUAUUAUUAAUGGUGAAAUUAACGCAAAAACCUGGGGAAUAAAAAUCAUUGAACUCGACCCUGGAACAAACACAAUUUCUUGUGAACAAUCUGUAUAUCAGGAAGGUUUAGGAGCUGGUAUUGGAAUUGGUAUUGGAAUAUCUGCUGUUAUUGUAAUUCUGGUUAUACUGACAAUAUUUAUAUAUAGAAAAUAUCAUCCAGCCAAUAAGAAAUUACCAGAAGAAAGUUAUGCAACGUUUUCCAAUAUAAAUCCUGAAGUUAUUAUGCACGCUUUUUUGCUUACAGAAAGAACAUAUGAAGAUUUAAAUACUCGUCCUGAAGUUAAUGAUAACAAUCAACAUAAUUCUGGAGAUGUAAAAGAAUAUGAAAAUAUGAGAAGAAAUUAA